AUGGUACUUUAUCGUCGUCAUGGCGGCUACUAUUACCGUAGCGUCGUGUGUGUAAUGUGUCUUGCCAUUUGCGCAUUCUACGGUGUGAUUGCCUCGCUCUUACUGCCCCUCAUAAACCGAGCCGACCUAAUCAACUACUCGGUGUCGCAAUUCUACUACAAUUUGCUCGGAUUCCUAGUCGACAUUUCAGUGACGAUUGAAGGUGCCGAGAAUUUACAGUAUCCAAAAAGCGUCUUGGUCUGUAACCAUCAGAGCAGCAUGGAUAUUUUCUUUAUGGCUAGCGUGUUCCCUAAAGCGACGUCCGUGGUGGCCAAGAAGGCUCUCAAGUAUUACCCAUUCUUGGGCUGGUUUAUGACAUUGAGCAACGCUAUCUUUUUGGACCGCAAGAACCGAGAUAAUGCCAUCAAGGAAGCACGGCAGGCUGCGGAAGAUAUCCAUAACAAAAAUAUCAGCGUUUGGCUUUUCCCUGAAGGCACUCGAGGACAUGCUUCCAAAAUCGACCUGCUGCCAUUCAAAAAAGGUGCUUUCUACAUGGCCGUCCAAGCCGGUGUCCCCAUUGUCCCUAUUGUCGUUGAGAACUACUACCACUUGUAUGACAGCAAGUCCAAGCGAUUCAAUUCGGGCAAGGUGCGUGUCAGGGUGCUCCCACCUGUGCCUACCAAGGACAUAGCUGAAGAUUCGGCAUCAGUCGAUAAACUCGCGACCCAUGUGCGUGAGGAUAUGAUCAAGACGUUGAAGGAACUCGCGUCGUCGUCGUCAUUGUCUGCUAAAGACGAGUAA